AUGUCGCAAUCUUUUUCUCAACCAGCUACUCAACAAUCCAAAGGCAGCCUGGUGGAAACAAAGGCGAACAAUGCAGUAUCUGUCUUGAAAGGGAUCACCUGGCCUCAAACCGGAAUGAAAAUCUGCCAAUCUGCCGGGCAAGUGUUCUUCGGUGCUGCGUCCCUACCGGCUACCACCAGAAGGACGGCUGGACCAGAGAGUGCCAGCAGCAGGCGAGUCUCAGGGGAAACGAAUCCCCAGCCCUCUUCGUGGCGGACAUUUUCCACAACCUCCAAGGUGCCACCCAUGAAGGCCAUGUUCCAAACAGAUCCUGAGGUUGGCAACAUCAAUGGCCAGCGCUUCACGGAAUUCUAA